GAAAGACUGAAGAAAAGUACACGCCAGAGGUUUCGAGAAGAAGCGGAAAUGUUAAAGGGUCUUCAACAUCCUAAUAUUGUACGUUUCUAUGACUACUGGGAAGUCGAUUUACUGAGGUGGAAAUACAUAGUCCUUAUCACAGAACUGAUGACUUCUGGGACCCUUAAAACUUAUCUUCGUAGGUUUAGAAAGAUCAACCUGAAAGUUUUGAAGUCGUGGUGUCGACAAAUUCUGAAGGGUUUGAGCUUUCUUCACUCUCGGUCUCCUUCAAUUAUCCAUCGAGAUCUCAAGUGUGAUAACAUUUUCAUAACUGGUCCUACUGGUUCUGUGAAGAUCGGGGACUUAGGCUUAGCAACUCUAAAAAAUGCAUCUUUUGCAAAAACUGUGAUAGGUACACCAGAGUUCAUGGCUCCAGAAAUGUACGAAGAGCAGUACGACGAAUCAGUUGACGUGUAUGCUUUUGGAAUGUGCAUGUUGGAAAUGGUCACCACGGAGUACCCCUACUCCGAAUGUAGCGGGCCUGCCCAGAUUUAUAAGAGGGUAAUAAGUGGUAUCCCACCUCAAAGUUUUCACAAGGUGGAGAAUCCCCACCUUCUGGAGAUCAUCAGAAACUGCACUCAACUGAAGAGAGAACAAAGGCCUACUGUCAAAGAGCUUCUCCAGUUGGAUUUUUUUCAAGAGGAACUUGGUGUAAAGGUUGAGUUUGUGAACCGAGAAAAAAGUUUGAUUAGCACCGAGUCAAAAGUGGAAUUGCGUCUUCAAGUAUUGGAUCCCAAGAAACGAAAAGACAAACACAGAGAAAAUGAAGCAAUUCAGUUUGAAUUUGAUGUUGAGUCUGAUAAUCCGGAUGAAGUAGCUCAAGCAAUGCAAAUGAGUGGGAUUAUAACGGAAGAAGAUGUGAGGAUAGUUGCAAUGGUAAUUAGAAAUCAAACUGCUACUUUUAAAAAGGAGAAAAAUAUCCAUCUUAAAAAAAAACUGAAAGAAUCCCAGCCUUCUCAAGAACUCCAUGCUCCUCAUCAAUUGCAUCUGGCUGAACAAUCAAACCAAGAAAUCUCUCAACCUCAACAGUUUCAGCAACAAAAACCACAGGAAUAUAAUAUAAAUACAGUAUCAUAUCAACAACAGCAGCUGAGCCAGUUACAAGAAUCCCAGAGGCAGGAGAAACAACAAAGACUUUCUCAAGGACUUGAAUAUUGUUCUUUAGGUACACCUGAAACAGCCUCUCACCUUUUUACUGGAGCAACAGCUCAUUCAACAAGCCAUCCUAUAACUGAAUCUCAACAACAAAUGAGUGUAACCGAAGUUGAUGAAGGACCAAAAACUACAGAACAAAGAACUGAGCCCAUUAGUGAACAGGGAAGAUUAAUAGAUGUUCAUGGAAAACAAGUGGCACGUAAGAAGCUCAGGAAACGCCGAAAGACUCAGGAUCGAGGCCCAAGGCUAACAGUGUUGAGUGUUGAAAAUGGAACUGUUGUUGAGUGCCAGUUGGAGUCCACAAAAGGGAAGAAUGUGAAGUUCAAGUUUGAUCUCGAAGAUGUUGUUCCAGAAGAAAUAUCAAGCAACUUAGUUAUGACUGACCUUCUUGCUGAAAGUUAUGCAGCUGUGUUUAUUGAACAAAUAUGCGAUAUUGUCACACAGUUGAAACAACAUCCACAUCAUCUUCCUGUAGUGCAUACAGCAGACCUUACUCCUACAACUGCGAUAUCUAGUCCUUUAUUCCAGCAUCAUCAAGAACAUAACAGUGCAAAGGAUUUUUCUCGAACAAAGAGUUUUGAAAAUGAAGAAAGCUGCAUCCCAAACACACCCACAAAACAAGGUAACCCAGUUCCCAAACCCGACUCAGCAAGUCAAGUGGAAACUCACAACAUUCAAUUUAUUGACCCAACAUUUGGCAUCCAGAUGUCACAUUCACAGUCACAGCAUGAACAACAACCGCCAAAUGUUCAUGUUCACGGAGCUAGAACUUCUUCAGUAUCAAUGUUUCAACAUGUGACUCCUCCAGCUUUCUCUUCUCACUACGAUGCUCUUCCUUUUAGACAGUUCCCAGUCAUUUCUUCUGAGAAUUCCUCAUUAGUAGCAUUUUCGGCUCCUGCUCAAGCUUCUAAUAGUUCUUGUCAAGGAAAUUUAAUUUCUGAUAUAUUGAAUGCCAAUACCUCAUGUUUUGGAUGUAACAAAAUCUGUCCACAUCUUCGACCUUUGUCUUUCUACAGUCUUUCAGAUUCCAGAGCUUUUGAAGAAUGUUUUCUGAAUGGUUCCAAACAAAUACCAAAAUGUGAAGUCUACAGUUGUGGCCUUGGAAAUGUUCAUGGAACAGGCCAGCCCUACCUACAUUAUAGCACAGUUAACAAUAGUGUGGAAACUGCUGUGGUUAAUAGUCUAUCUUCAUCUUGUCUCAGUAUACCAGAAGGAUUGUAUAGAGUUGGUUAUCAGGAUAUGAGCAGCAGUAGUAGCAGUAGUAAUGCUAGUACUCACCACCACGCUCAGCAGAGACCACUUGUUCCAGAUCUGAGUAGUCUCCAUCAAAAAUUAGCCAAACUAACAGUGCUACCACCACAUGGUCGUCCAGGAACACCAACUACCAUCCCACUAAGGACUUUAUCUGCUCCUUCUUUUCGACAUUGUACCCCGAGAGUAACCACCCCUUCAGACUGGGAGGUUUCAACACCACAAGUCAGUGCUAAAAAACACAAUGAAAUGGCUUUACCAUCAUUCCCAAAGCAACUUACCAAUUCUUCUGUACCAGUCUCUACAUCUGGUCAUGAACCAACAUCACCAUAUCCUCCUACUCUCCCAACAGAUGGUCUUCCAUCCUCAUCUUCAGUACCCCAUGUUUGUCCUUUACCAGUGUCUAGGUCUGUAAUAAUUCCACAGUCUGUAUCUGCCACUGUUAUUUCAACCCAACCAUCUCGAUGUAAUGGUAACUUGCCACAUCUUUCCUUUAAUGCAAUGGAAUCAGCGGUUAUAAAGACUUCCUUUCCUAAUUCACAUUCCACUGGUGUACUAUGUUCUUGGUGUGGAGACCUUUCUUCAUAUUCUGUGCAGUCUACAGUUGUUACUAGCCAGCCUGUCCAUGAUAUCACAACACUCACUACUGUACCAGACUUGCUCUUUUCAACAGCUGAAACUCUAUCAGUUACAUCUUUGCAAACAAAAGGAAUUACUUGCAAAUCUGUGUGCACCACCAAACUAGAGGAUCUGAAGACAGAACUGGAGAAGCUGCACAGUAUCACAAGCCAGAUACCAAGCAGUAACCUAGGGAACCUUCAGUUUUGUCACAGUAUUUCGUUACCCACUGAAGCAUCAACAACAUUUCCUAUUGAUCAAGUCACCAAAAGACUUUCUCGUUUUACGGUAACACGUAUACAUGAUGAUUCUUCAAGCAUCCAAACUUCUGUUAACCUUCAAAUGGAUGAUAAAGUCAUGAGAAAUGUCACUGCUACUUUUGGUUCAAAAUUAACUCCCACGAGUAGUUUCAAAUCCACUCAUUCAGCCAUUUCAACUUCUCAUCCAAAUGUCUUAGUUUCUCCAGCAGUCACUCGAGGAAGGUUCCAAGUGCAAACAAUUACAGAUGAUGUUAAAGCUGAUACAGAUUUACCAAUCAAAAAAUGGGACACCAAUGCAAAUAUAGUAACAUGUUGGCCCAGUACUCAGAAUUUGAAUACUACUCCUUCAAGGCCCAUCUCUUCUCAACAGAUCCCCAAUACUCAUCACUUGCUGAAUUUAGUAUCAUCUGAUACAAAUUCCCCCAUGUCUAGUGAUCAUCAGUUGUUGACUAAAUCUACCCUCUCCUUGAGGACUUGGGAUCAAAACCCAGUAACAUCUCAUACAAAUUCCCCUAUGUCUAGUGAUCAUCAAUUGUUGAUUGGAUCUACCCUCUCCCUGGAGACUUCUGAUCAAAACUCGGUAACAUCUCGCACAAAUUCCUCCAUGUCUAGUGAUCAUCAGUUGUUGACUGGAUCUACCCUCUCCCUGGAGACUUUGGAUCAGCUUUCUGAGAAUAUAAGCUCUUCCAAAGAGUUGGGUGUAGCAAGUAUUCCAGUUGGAUUAAAAAAGAAACUAUCCCGAGUUGAGAAAAAAUUUAGAGCUUCCAGUCUAGAGCAUUUACCUCACUUUCCUUUAAAUGAUACUGAUAGUGGUGUGUUUGGUAUGCACAACAAUUAUGCUACAUUUCCACAAUCAGAUGCUUUACACAGUUUGAAAUUGGAUCUGGACAGAAUCAUGCAGGGGAUGUAUAUCAAUCAAGCUGGGCAGUUGGUUCAAACUGGCCCAAUCUUGUCCACAGGGCAACUUCUAGCCACAUCAACUGAAACUUCCUCUCCGAAAUCUCAUAACUUUUCUUCAGUCUUGACCUUAUCUAGGAAGUUAGAGGACACAAAGAAACAACCUUUCCAUUAUGAGAAAGAUAUGAGAGAAGCUGAAACCCAGACAGACAAAGUGGUUAACAGGAUAGUUGAUAUUAACACUCCUUCUUCUAGAAAGAAAAACCUUAGAAUUGGCAUUCUUCAAAGUGAAGCAGCUCUUACUGUAUUUCCAGGAUCAAAAAUGAUGUGUUACAGUCAUGGAUCCUCUGAUACAUCCUUUACGCACAGUCUUCAAGAUUUACAUCAUAGUUUUAAAGACUGCAGUCAUGGAUCCUCUGAUAUAUCCUUCAUGCACAGUCUUCAAGAUUUACAUCAUAGUUUUAAAGACUGCAAUCAUGGAUCCUCUGAUACAUCCUUCAUGCACAGUCUUCAAGAUUUACAUCACAGUUUUAAAGACUGCAGUCAUGGAUCCUCUGAUACAUCCUUCAUGCACAGUCUUCAAGAUUUACAUCAUAGUUUUAAAGACUGCAGUCAUGGAUCCUCUGAUACAUCCUUCAUGCACAGUCUUCAUGAUUUACAUCAUAGUUUUAAAGACUGCAGUCAUCAUGCAAGUUCAGACAAAUACAAACGGCUCAAUAGUUCAAGCCUGAAAAAUGCAUUUUCAUGGAAUAUAAUCCCACUUGAAUUGGGAUGCAGUGUUUCUGUUGAAGAAUUCCUGAACAUGAUGGGAAAUGAUGAUGAGAAUGACUCAAAACUGGAAGUUAUGGAAAGUGACGAUUUCUUACACAAACUUCUUUCAAGGCAGAAACAGGAGCGAAAACAAAUGCAGAUAAAACACCAGAUGGAGCUGGCUGCUUUUAUGCAUCAAAAGAAGCAUGUUUCUUGCCAAGGUGGACAUAAGGGUAGUGACAGUGCAACAUUUCCAAACAGAAGUUAUUUCCAAACAAGAAGUGGAUUGGUUCUAGGUCCAAAGCACCAGAUAGUUCAACCUACAAGUUCUCAGAUAUUUAGUCCAAACUAUUUUAGAUGUGAAGAACCAGUGUCUCUAGUUGAACCCUCUCACCUUCCACAUGUUCCUAUAACAGUAGCUCAUCCACACCAUCCCCAUGUCACCAACCUUCCUUAUCAUAGAAGAAGUAUUCCAGGACGGGCACACGUAGAAUGGGGAGAGAGCCUGAGGGCAAGACCUUUACAUUGCUCCUUCUCUUAUGACCACUUGUGUAACUUUCAACAGCUUAGAGAUAGAUCACUAGUGCCUAUACAACAUACUCUUGCCCAACACUUCACGGGAAACUUGGUAAAUGAAAAUGUUGACAAAAGCAGUCAUCAGGUUAGUGGAUUUCCUGAUUCAAAGAUGACUCUUAAUGAAGUUCCAAAACAAGGACUGAUGAACGAUCAAUAAUAUAUUCCUACUGGCUAUUUUUUAAGCCUAAAACCCCUUUUCAAGAUAAGAUACCAAAGGUAAAAAUCCUAACCAGAAUGACUAUGGUCAGAUAAAGAGAACCAACUGACUGUUAGCUUCAUCCAGGACUUAUAAAUAAUAUGUGCACUGGAUCUCAGAACCCCAGACCGUAACCAUGCAUUGACAUAGAAAAAGAAAGAAGUUAGUUUUAUAUAUUUUAUUCAAAAAAAGCAUGCUAAGUGUUUGAAUUUGUGAUAAUAUAUAUUGUAUAAAUAUGGCUAAUGCUUUUGAUCUGUGUAAAAAAAAGAAAUUAACAUAAUCAGAGUCAACUUAUUGUAUGAAUAUCUAAUACAGAAAGAGCUGUAUAUGUUAUUCCACAAAGGUUAGUGAUAUGGUUCUAA